GUGUCACGUGAGGUGUCUCUUCUUAAACAUGGCUCCAACAACUAGCCCAGAACAAAACACUAUCGGCUGACUGACUGUCGUUCGUCUGCUGACAUGCAUCAGUAAACUUUAGGAAAAAGGGAAGGAGCAAAUGUGGCCCCGCUCUAUGUCCUCGUUUUGUAUAGUUACCGUGGUAACGUCACAAACUCAUCAUGCGUGACACCGGUGGUGCACCGUUAGCUUAAGGCUAGCUAGCUGUCAACUGCUACAAGUGGUGAGAGAGGAAGAGGAGGUCUGCCUUUGAUGACUGUGAUUUCUUCCUCCAUGAAUGUCUGAAAGCCCUCCUUGUGGAAGACAGCAAGGCACACGUGGCGGGACAUUGUGCAACUCUUAACAAGCAUUGGAGACUCACCAUGGAUUGGCUGAUGCAUACAGUUGAGAAAGACUUGGGGGUUGACCGGCGGCAGCAAGGGCCAGGUCCUCGUCCCGGGGAGGUCAUAGCCCUUGUUCCAACGCGCUGGGUGUUGGGCCUGAGGGAGAGGAGGAUCAUGCGUUGUGCCCGCUUUGACAGCAUCAGCGAGGCAGAAAUUCGCACCUACCUUCAGUGUUCCCAGGCAAAGCUGCCUCCUGGCUGGACACGAGUCUGCGUUCAGGGUCUGAGAAAAAGCAAGCUGAGCUACAGAUUGGCCAGAGACCCAUGUCAUCAACAAAUGGAAUUCAUGUCACUGGAUUCUUAUGUCACAACCAUGCAGUGUGUGUCACAACAUAAUGUCAGGAAUCUGUGGCAUGAUGCUCAUUACAAACUUGUGCAGGCAUAUGCCGGAGCCAAUGAGCAGAUGCAUAUUGCAGCUGUAGAUGCAGUGCGUAAUGCUUUACAGAAGCUCUUCAAGUCCACCUUCAUCUCCUCUGAAAGAUUGUCACCAUCCCUUUCUCCGGCCAGAGAGAAGGAUAAAGAAAUCUUUUUGCCAACCAACUCCUCUUGUUCUUCCAAGUCCCAGUCAGACCAUCUGUGUCCCAAUGUUCUGCCUGCAGAAUGUCUGCUGGAGACAGCAGAAAUGCUCUACGUGAUUCUGCCUUACACUCAGUAUUCACUCCAUGAUAUUGUGUCCUUCAGCCCAGCCAAGCUUGCUAACAGCCAUGCCAAAGUGUUGUUCAUUCUCUACCAGUUACUGAUAGCUCUGCAGGGUUGUCAUGCAGCAGGUCUGUCUUGUGGAGAGCUCUCCCUUCAGGACAUAGCUGUCGAUGAGCAGCUUUGCAGCCGCCUCAAGCUCAACCUAGCCCAUUACGAGGAACUGGGGAUGGAAUUGGAUGCAAACAGCAAUAUUACAGGCAGACAAAUGCCAAAACGUGUCCUGCCAAGGAACAAUUCAUGUGUGAGCCAAGAGAACAAAAGACUUUGCAAAGACUGCUUUGAUGAGCUUAAGAAAUUGGUUCUGGACUGGGUCCAUGGACGAGUCAGUAACUUCCGCUACUUGAUGGAACUCAACAGGUUAGCAGGACGGCGGGAAGGGGACCCUAAUUAUCAUCCCGUGCUGCCUUGGGUGGUUGAUUUUACUGUGCCAUUUGGAAAAUUCCGAGACCUCAGGAGGUCAAAGUUCAGGCUAAACAAAGGGGAUAAGCAGCUGGACUUCACAUAUGAGAUGACUAAAGAGGCUUUGGCUGCUGCAGUCGGUAAUGGUGUUGGUGGAAGUGGUGUAGGUGGAGACCUUGGUGGCUCCGUAGGGGCCGGUGGUGCUGGACAGUCGGAUCAUCUCCAUGUACCUCACCACAUAUCUGAUGUGCUCUCAGACAUCACCUACUAUGUCUACAAAGCUCGGCAGACACCCAAGUCAGUGUUGUGCAGCCACGUUAGAUCCCAGUGGGAGCCAAACGAAUACCCAGCCAGUAUGGAGCGCGUGCAGAGCUGGACCCCUGACGAGUGCAUUCCAGAGUUCUACACAGAUCCCUCUAUUUUCCGCUCAAUCCACCCCGACAUGCCAGACCUGGAUGUGCCUUCCUGGUGCAAGUCGUGCGAGGAGUUUAUUGAGGUCCAUCGCCACCUUCUUGAGAGCAAAGAAGUGUCCCAGCACUUGCAUCACUGGAUAGACCUCACAUUUGGUUAUAAGCUGUCUGGUAAAGAAGCUGUCAAAGCCAAGAACGUGUGCCUCCACUUGGUGGACAAUCACACCAAUCUUUCUACCUAUGGUGUAGUUCAGCUGUUUGACCAGCCCCACCCACCCCGCUUAUCACCUUCCCAGUACGCCCCAGCAGAACCUCCUCUCCUUGGCCUUGCUGCUCUUAAUGUGCCUUCUCUACACAUCCCUCAAAUCAACAGUGGGGCUGACACUGUGGAUGGAAUGGUGCCAGAGUCCACAGGGUGUGAGUCCAGUGGCUGGACCAUGGUAGACAGAGAUGAAGAGCUUGAACAAGGUAUGGAAGCUCUGGACUCAUUAGCAUCUGCCGGCUCAGCCAGUUCUGCGCCCUGCUCUGUGCCAAUGCCAAGCAUCAGUACAGCUGGAGUAAAAAUGGGAGGAGAGCACACAGCACUUAUUGUAUCUCAGUCCCCGAGUUCAUUCCCUGGUGAUUUCACCAGCGGCUUAAGUCCUGGUUUACGCAGUGCCAUGUUACAAAGAGGUGGGCCGAUAAACAAAAAACAAGGGGAGGGUAGUGUUACUGCCACGAAUGCAGAAGAAAUCAAGAUCGUCCUCCCUGAAGGCUUCAACCCAUUGCAGCCGUUGGAAGAGCUGGAGAAGUUAAAUAAUUUCCUGGUAAAGAGUCUGCACGCUGAUGUAUGGCAUCCUGCAGGAUCUGCUGACUGCAUGAAUGAUGAUGUCAUAGUUGAAUUGCUACCCUCUCUUGCACAGCUCUACCAAAGAGACAUGCAGGCCUUUGGUGUUCUCAUUGCUGAGAUAUUCCACUCCUCUAAACUGAGAGGACUGAAACCAGGCACCCCCCUGAGACAGCGUUUCCAAGCUGUAAUGAAGCUAUGUUCUGCCAGCCUCCGUGAUGUGCCACUUUCUUUGCAUCAUGCUCUUGAGACACUGCUACUAAUAGAAAAGCACUCUGGAACAGCACAGAAAGAAGUACCAGAUUGCCCACAUCCACUUCUUUUCAAAUAUGAACCCAUCAGUGAUGGUCUCCCUCCCCCAAACCCCUGCCAAUUAUUGAACUCAGUCAUCACCCCCUUUCCUUUCCCUUCCUAUUUUGCAGCACUUCAUAAUUUUAUCUUUUCCUAUCACGCCAAGAUGGAGACCACAUGUAGUCUUCUAGGAAGAGAUGUUGUCUUUAACUUGUGGCAGCAGCUGGAGACACUGUUGCGGGGUAACAUCACAGCUGAGGGUCUCGAAAUUCUCUUGCCCUUCAUUCUGGCCCUCAUGCUUGAGGAGUCCACUGCUGUCUAUGCUACUUGGUACCUUUUCGAGCCCAUUUCUAGAGUACUGGGUCCCAGAAAUGCAAACAAGUACCUACUGAAGCCACUGAUCAACGUUUAUGAAAACCCUCACUGCCUACGGGGACGUUUCUAUCUCUACACUGACUGUUUUAUUUUGCAGCUGAUUGUGAGGCUCGGCCUACAGGCCUUUCUGUCCAGCUUACUCCCCCACGUGCUGCAGGUCAUCACUGGCUUUGAAAGCUGCAUCUCAGGCUCGGGCGGAGAAGCUGGCAAAGGGUUGAGGAGUGCCACAUGUAACUUGGAAGAGGAAGAAGACUAUCAGUGUGGCGAGGUACAGCCAUCUUCUGGAUCUGUUAGCGGGAAAAUGGGAGGUGGCGGUGGUGCCAGUGGAGGAGUUGGCGUGGUGGGGGAGUCGGGGAUGGUUGAUUACUCUUCUGGCAUCAGUCUCAAUGACCAGGUUUUUCUUUCAGAGGCUGAGGACUUUCAGGAUGAGUUCUAUGUCAACGGGGGAGCUGGGGUGGCUGCUGGGAAACGGCAGAUUCAGAACUCUGCAGCCAAGGAUCAAGACCAGGAGUCUCUAAGUGUGGGGAAACUAAGUGACAAAAGCAGCACAAGCGAGCUCUCACUGGGUGAUGGAGACUCAAUGCGGGAUCGAGCUAGUCUCAAAUCAGCUGACAGCAGCCUGGACCUGAAACACGCUAGUGAGGGAGAGGAGGGAGGAGAACUGGAGGAAGAAGAGAUGACUGUGACUAAUGAGGGUAAAGAGGGGACAGAUGACCCUACUGUUGCCAACCUGGAGCUCUCUGGCUGCACAGACACUUCAGGCGCCACAGUUGCCACUUUGGAGGGUGAGUUUAUGAAUGGAAUGGCACUGGAAGAGACUGAUAAAGGCAUUGUGGGAGAGCAGGAAGAGGAUGACCAUGAUCCAUCAGAAGAGUCUCGGGAGAAAGAGCAAAAGAUUCUUCUAGAUACAGUUUGUAAAACAGUUCGGUGGCUGUCAGCAAAGCUUGGACCAACAGUGACGGCUCGAUACGUGGCCAGAAAUUUGCUGCGAUUGCUCACAAAUUGUUACAUUGGGCUUGAGAAACACCAGUUUGUGACCGUUGCAUCUGAGCAGAGCAGUCUGGAGAGUGUGGGAAUGGGCAGUGUUUAUGAGAAGAAACCUGUUCUUGGUGACCAGACAGCAGGGCCUGUGUUGGACUGUCUCAUCUACAUAGCUCAACUUUAUGGAGAGCCUGUACUCACUUACCAGUACCUGCCUUAUAUAGGAUAUCUGGUUUCUCCACCUUCUUCGCAGCGUCUUAACACGCGUAAGGAGGCCAGUCUGCUUGGAGCGGUUGCACUUACACAGGAGAUCAUUGUCUUUCUCUCGGAUACCACUCUAAUGGACAUGCUUUUGAAAAUCAACCAGGAUGUGCUUCUGCCACUACUGGACUUGCUCACCACCCCCCGUAUGGGGUUCCCCAGCGGGGUGCAGACGCGCACUGUUGUCUGUCUCAAGACACUCAGCCUGAUGGCUCUCAUCUGUCUGCGCAUUGGGAGGGAGAUGGUGCAACAGCAUAUGGCUGACACUCUGCGUCGGUUCUUUGCUGUUUUCUCUCUGCUGCAUUCUCUGCAGCCCCAGCUGGACAGCGCUCCUCGCAGAGUUGUCGGGGAGGUCACGGUUGUGGACAUCUUCACACCGGAAGAGUCGACUGUUACAUAUGAGUUGGGUAUAUUGGAGGAGCUACAUACUGUGUUCAACUCUGAGAUGGCCCAUUCCUCAUACAUCCCCUUCUACUGCCUCAUUGGUGACGUGGCUAUUCGGAAGCUGGUUCCCAACCAUGAGCUGGUCUGGCAGUUGGCCCAGUCCUACCAUCAGAGUUUGCGUCAGGGGAGUACAGAGACAAACCUCACAACAGCAUCAAGGGUGGAGUUACCUCCUACUUCUACGGGUCCCUCUGGUUUUGGCAGGCAUGUGGGUUGCAGCCCAUUCCCUGCACCCUCGACUAGCUCCACCUUGCUAGGGGAUUCCCUCCCUGAGUCGGGCACGUUUGGGAGCCACCUGGUAGGAAACCGCAUCCAAGUGUCCCGGGACGCUGAUUAUGAUGGCAGCCCGACCCUGGGCUUGGCCAGCUCUUGGGGACGCUCCAGUCAUACCACCCCAGUCAUUACCACUGCCUCCACCUUCACCGCUCCAUCAGUAGGCACAGCUUCCUUCUCCUCCUCAUGGGUGACCGGUACCACCCCGGAGGACAGUGUCCUAAAGCAGGAGCUCCCUCGCAGUGGCCGUUCCCUGCAGGGCAAUUGGCUUGCCUACUGGCAGUAUGAGAUUGGCCUCAACCAGCAGGAUCCACAUUUUCACUUUCACCAGAUCCGACUGCAGAGUUUCCUGGGUCACUCAGGCACCACAAAGUGUUUGGCACCUCUGGCAGGAGAGGAUUACUUCCUCUCUGGUAGUAAAGACAAGACAGUGAAGCUUUGGCCUCUCUAUAACCAUGGUGAUGGAACACAGGAGGUGGAGCCCAGGCUGACGUAUUCUGACCAUCGAAAGUCAAUAUUUUAUGUUGGACAGCUAGAGGCUUCACAGGACAUAGUCAGCUGCGAUGGGAAUGUGCACCUGUGGGACCAGUAUACAGGCAAGCAGAUCCGCUCGUAUGAAGCCGUGGAUGGGAAGAAUCCCAUUACAGCUGUCACCACCAUGCCAGCACCACAAUGCAGUGUUGUGUUUGGCAGUGCAGAUUCUAUUCUCCGCUUCAUCGACCCUCGCAAACCUGGAUUGCAGCAUGAAUUUCGACUGGCAUACAACAAUGUGAGUGCUGGGCUCAUCCGCUACCUGGCAGUGAGCCCUUCAGGGCGUACUGUGGCGGCAGGUUUCUCGUCCGGCUUCAUUGUUCUGCUAGAUGCACGCACAGGACUUAUUCUGAAGGGCUGGCCAGCUCAUGAAGGAGAUAUCCUUCAAAUGAAGGCUGCAGAAGGAAACUUGGUCAUCAGCUCCUCCACUGACUACACACUCGCUGUGUGGAAAGAUUUGGAGCACAAGCCUCUUCGCCAGUACAAAUCGCAGUCUGACCCCAUACACGCCUUUGACCUUUACGGCUCAGAGAUUGUGACCGGAACAGUGGCAAACAAGAUCGGGGUGUACUCCAUGGCAGAUAUCUCUCUGAGCCCAGUUAGCAGCACAAAGCUGAGCUCGGAGAACUUCCGAGGCACUCUGACCAGCCUGGCGGUCCUGCCCACCAAGAGGCUUCUGCUGCUGGGCUCUGAGAACGGGGCCAUCCGGUUACUAGCUUAGGGAAAAUCAAUGGCUCCCAGCUAUGCUAAGCACUCUUAUCUUAUUCCUGAAGACACCAGGUGUCUGAGCUCUCGCUGUCCCCUAUGCUGGGCUCGAGGUCUAUUGUACUGGUAGGGCGGUCACUCUAAAUUUCUUUUUGAAUGAAGCAGCACAAGUAAAGGCAUUGUAUAAGCUUAGUACCGAAUCUUGGCACUCUGGCUGUUGGCGCCGAAUUUGUUCAACAGGAAAGGCCACGCAGUUAACAUUCAUCAUGUACAGUAAAUACCAAGAUUUUUUUUUAAAAGCCUAUAGAUGUAUAGAUAGUAUAUAUAAUAAGGAAUUCCUAUCUUGACUAGGUCAUUUAUUCUUUUGACUAGGUCAGUUAUUCUGUUCAAAAGGAUGAAUGAGACGACAUGCUCAGGAAAGGUGGAACAACACCUGGUUCUUAUGUAGUGUUUACGCUUUCCAAAUAGAUGCAUAACAACACCAAAAAAACAUUGACCUCAACUUUAGUUUCCCUUGAUGUUAGAAAACAUGCGUAUACAAAUGCACUGAUUAAACUAUGCAGUAUUUGUAGAUCAUAUCAUUUGUUUGUGUUAUUGUUAACUCCGUGUUUCAUAAGAGUAGAUUGUACAUCAUAAACAAUAGAAGUACACCUGCUGUUUUGGUGCGUCUUCUCCGAGUGGGGACGCUUUGGAUGUCGCCACAUUUAAAAGUCAAUUACUGAUGCACAGCCUUGAUACUACUGCAGAAGUAUGGCCUGAAUUGUAACAUUUAGAUCCUCACUCAGAUUUUAAAUACUGAAUGUUUUUAUCCGCUAGUACAUUACUUGAAGUGGCUUUGGGAUUUUUAAACCGUGUUUAGAAAUUCUUGAUUUAGCAGUCCAAACCAGUUGUAGCAACAUUACACGGGUAGUGUAUCUAGGCCGGUGCCACUUUGACUGGGUUUGCCAGUUGUUAGACUCGCCACUCUCAAAAGCUAACAUUGGAACAGUCAAUGCCAAGAUAACAGUUUUUUGUAUUUUAACAUUUGUAUGUAACUGCAUAUGAAUAUGUUGAGGAAAAAAAGGUCAAUAAAAAAUGUGGUUUAACUUG